AUGAAGGCAGUAUUAAUUAUGUUAAUAUUUACAUUAUUGUGUAAAGUGCAAGCUUCGGAAGAAAGUGAGAGUAGAAAUGAGGUGGAACCCAGAGGAAAGGCCAAAUAUGCUUUAAUAAUCCACUUCUUCUACGUAGUAGCAACGAAACUGAUCGUCCUAAAGAUGGUGUACGGAGCCCUAUUCUACGUCCUCGUCACAAAAGGAUGGCAAUUCGUCCUCUGGUUUAUCCACUACCUGAAGAAACACAAACACGACCAUCACGAGUAUAUUGAAGACCAUCAUUUUGAUCACUACGACCAUGGUCACCAUGACUACAGUUAUGGACCACCCGAUCAUAGUUAUGGACCACCCAGUCACAGUUAUGGGUCAUCCGAUCACAUUUAUGGGCCAUCCGAUUUUAGUUAUGGGUCAUCCGAUCACAGUUAUGGGUAUGCCGACCAUCAGCCGUAUGCUUAUGAUAAAUAUGGUGGCAGUAAAAAGAAGAAGAUAUAUGAUUCGGAUGGGUCUUAUGCUGUGAAAGGACAUUGA